AUGCCGCAGCCGAACAAGAAGCGCGGGCGGCGCGGUGGAGGGAGGAAGCGGAAGCUGGAGGAGGGUGGUGAUGAGGACCCGGAGCUCGCGCAGAGCAGCACGAAGCGCAGGAAGUCGACUGUUGAUGACCAGGCCACCGACGACCACGCUCCCGUGCAAAAUGGUGAUGGCGAUCUAGAUCAGGCUUACCCUCAAGCUGAAAGGGCUUUCUUCGGUGUUCUGGACGAUGACGAGCAGGAGUAUUUCAAGCAUGCUGAUGAUAUGCUUGAGGCCAACGACUUCGGGGAUGCCGAGGAGCGGACGCUGUUCCUGGCUAAUGUCUAUCGAGAAGCGGAUGGGAAGGAGCUCAAGAUUGCGCAGAGUCAGUCUUGUUCGAGGUUGAUGGAGCGGUUGAUUCAGCUGUCGUCUGCGGCACAGCUAAAAACGCUGUUCGACAAGUUCACUGGAAACUUCAUCCACCUUGUCUCACACCGAUUCGCUUCUCAUUGCUGCGAGGCAUUGUUCCUUCGCUGUGCACCGAUCGUGACGGAAGAGCUCCUUGCCGGGAACAAAAAGGACCAGCGGAACCGCGAUGCGCCAACGAAUGGAGACGCACCAGUUUCCAUGGAGGCUCUAUUCUUGCGGACACUCGACGAGCUCGAAGGCAAUGUCGGGUAUCUGCUGACCGACAGGUAUGCGUCUCACGUUCUACGCGUCCUACUGAUGGUUCUUUCCGGCGAACCGAUCGAUACGGCAUCCACGAAACACCUACUGCAGAGCAAGCGAAAGGAGAGCAACGCUGUGCAAGGCGCCAACCUUCCAGAAGCCCAGACGCUGGACAAGACACGCAGUGUACCAAAGUCGUUCGGCGAAGCGCUGGAGCAUGUCAUCGCGGGCAGCAUCGCUGGGCUCGACACUGAACAAGUACGGGCACUUGCUACACAUCCGAACGGCAACCCGACUCUACAAUUGCUCUUGAAACUUGAGUUGACGCACUACGGGAAGCAACGAGCGAAGGACGAAAGAUCGAUCAUUCGAACAUUACUGCCCGACGACCCAUUGACAUCAGAUUCAGGAAGUGGAGGUUUCAUCAACGGCUUGGUGUAUGACCCGAUCGGGUCUCAUUUGAUGGAACAAAUCAUCCAGCAUGCGCCGGCGAAAAUGUUCAAGAGCCUGUAUGCGGAAUUCUUCAGGCACAGGCUGACAUCACACGCCCGGAACGAAGUUGCUGGAUAUGUGGUCUGCCGCAUACUCGAACGGUUGGGCCACGAUGACCUGCUCGACGCGCACGAACGCCUGAUCCCAGAGCUCACCCGUCUACUCCAACGCGGUCAAACAGUCGUCGUCCGCACGCUCAUUGAGCGUUGCACAGUCCGUGGGAUCGAUACGCAAGCUAUUGCGGUGCAAGUCUUCAAUACCUGGAACGACAAGGAGAACUUUGAGGUGAAGAAGCUGCUGAAAUGGGGAGAAGGAUUGGAUGUCGACCCGAACCAGGACGGCGCGCCGAACGGGGGAACGAGCAACGCAACCGGCGGCGCCCUGGCACGGUCAUCGGAACCUAUGAAAGCGCACUUCAACCUCCUCGCGCAAGCAAUGCUGCUUGUGCCCGGAUCGUUGAGCGGGCUCGUCUUGGACUCACUAAUUAUGCUCGAUCCUGAUACCCUGAUCAACAUGUCGAAAGACAAUGUCGUCUCUCGCACGCUGCAAGGAGCACUCACCUCCCGCAACGCCUCCAUUAUAACCGUCCGCAAACUCAUCCAGCGCUUCUACGGCCACGUCGCCGAGAUGGCGCUCGACAGGUCCGCAUCCUACGUCGUCGACUGCAUGUGGGAAGGCACGCACGGCCUCGCGUUCAUCCGCGAGCGCAUCGCAGAAGAGCUGGCAGAGAUGGAGGGACAGUUGCGGGAGUCGUCAUACGGGCGCGCGGUGUGGAAGAACUGGAAGAUGGAUCUGUACAAGCGGAAGCGACCGGAUUGGAUUCGACAGAGCAAGAUCAAGGCGAGCAAUGAUGGUUUCCAGAGCUUCUCAGAGCUGGAUCAGCAUAAAGGCAGUCAAGGGCAGGGGAAGCCGAAGACGCCGAUUGAGCUUGCGAGGGAGCGGCAUGCGAAGAACAAGGAGGCGGAGAGGAGGAGGGUGCGGAAUAAUGCUUCCGGCCCGGGUGUUGGGCAUUCUGACGGGCCGCCUGCGGCUGCGACUGCGUCUUCGUAG